AUGGCAUCUUGUGAAGAGGAAGUGCUGCGAAUUGGCAGAAAAUUUGAACGAAUGAUACAAGGAACCAAGACGAUGGACGAUGCGAUGGAAUUAUUGGAUGCAUUAUCCACAUUACCUGUCGAUAUAAAUAUCCUUACCAAAACUCGUAUCGGUAUGACAAUCAAUGAUUUACGCAAGAAAACCAGCGAUGAACAUAUUGCCAAGCGAGCUAAAUCUUUGAUUAAGGAAUGGAAGAUUUUGUUGGCGAAUAAAACAAGUAGUAAUAAGGGCGAUGGGAAAGAUGCGGUGGCAAAAAACAAUUCACCAGCAUCCGUUUCUUCAACUACACUUAAUGAAAGUUCCAAACAUUUAUCACAAUCAUCGCAAAAAAGUUCCGGCACAGCAAAUUCUUCAACACCUUUGUCUACAGCUAGGAAGCAACUUCUUCCUGAUGAGGUCAGGAAUAAGUGCGCUACGAUGAUUCUUGAUGCUCUGCUUUCAAAGGAAUUGCCCAAUGGAACUCUUGAUCCUGAAGAGUUGGCAAUUCGAACUGAAAAGAAAUUGUUUGAGGUACAUCGUGGUACUUCAGAAAAAUAUAAAGCAGCCCUACGAAGUCGAGUGUUUAACCUGCGUGACAAAAAAAAUUUGGUUCUCCGCGAAAAUGUGUUGAUUGGCGCUGUAACUCCUGAAAAAUUCGCAGUAAUGACAGCAGAUGAGAUGGCAUCGGAUGAAAUGAAAGCACAGCGGGAGAAAUUCACCAAGCAGGCAAUUGAAGAAUAUCAGAUGGCAGUUCAAGAGGGAACUCCUUCUGACAUGUUUAAAUGUGGUAAGUGUGGAAAGAAAAACUGUACCUAUACACAAGUGCAAACACGUAGCGCAGAUGAGCCUAUGACUACGUUCGUUUUCUGUCGCGAAUGUGGCAACAGGUGGAAGUUUUGUUAG